GCGCCCUGCAACGGGCCGAACGGAACAGGGGGGCCCGAUGCGAAACACCCCGCAUCCAACUAUUUGCAUGGUAGUGAUACCGUUUCAUCGCGCUGGUGCUUAGUGAUUUGUGUCAUCUGUGUAUGGAGUUUCCCGAGGGAUUUGAUUAGGAGUUCACAAUGUGGUACCCUAAACAUGUCUGGAUGGCGAUGAUAGCGAUAUGUUUCCUACAAACAACCGCAGAGGCUAGAUCAAGGGGCACAAAAUCUAAAAAAUCUAAGCCAUCAAAGAAAGAUGCAGUUCAAGCCGAUGCUCCAAAGCCCGUACAAAGCCAACAAGCUGAAAAUUACGAUGACUAUGGAGGAGUGGAAUAUGACAACGAAUAUUACGAUGAAAAUGGAAAACCCCCAGUUUUAUCGAUCACAACCCCACAGCCACCAGAUGAAAGGAUUAGGCCAGGUGCUUUUGAUGAAGUUCAAACUCUUCCUCCGUUGACAACUCCACAGCCUCCAGAUGAAAGGCCUAGGCCAGGAGCUUACGAAGCUGAGGAGUACCCUACAGUACCGCCCACGGGGUCUGUGGAAGUUCAUAUAUUGGAACCAACAACACCUGCUCCAUUAACAUGCAAACAUGAUGACCGAACCUACCAAGACAAACAAAGAUGGAGGGUUGGGGAGUGUACGGAGUGUGCUUGUGUGAGAGGAAAAGUGGAGUGCCAUACCGAUGAUGCUUGUUUACAAGCAUUGAGGCCUACGAGGGAGCCACACCUUGAUAUAUCUGGAUCUCCGUUACCAGGAUCACGUGGUGAUUACGGUCCACCAGGCUCGGAAGGUAGACCUGGAGAACCAGGGUUUCCAGGAAGUCCUGGCGCACCUGGCGUCCCAGGUAUUCCCGGACCUCCAGGACCCGCACCUGACUUAUCAUCGUACUAUCAGCAACUGGCUCUUGCCCAAUCAGCAGGCGAUAAGGGACCAGCAUAUCCUGAACCAUUCCAAUAUCUGCAAGCCCAAGUUGGACCUGUUGGAGCUAGGGGACCUCCAGGUCCUCCUGGAGCUUCUGGACCACAAGGCUUCCAAGGGCCAAGGGGAGAAAUAGGGGAAACAGGUACAGGAGGACCUCCAGGUUCUCCGGGACCUAGAGGACCACCUGGGCCACCUGGAAAAGACGGAGAGAGAGGUGAUGAUGGAGAGGCAGGCCCACCAGGACCUGGCGGUCCUCCAGGACCUCGCGGUUUACCUGGCAUGCCAGGACUUCCAGGAACUAAAGGUCAUAGGGGAUUUCAAGGUAUAGAUGGCCAGAAAGGAGAACAAGGUGCUUCUGGAGAGAAAGGACCCCAAGGAAUCCAAGGACCUAUGGGUCUUGUUGGGCCCGUAGGACCAGCAGGACCAAGAGGAGAGAGAGGAAGAGAAGGAGCUCCUGGGCCUCCUGGAUUGAGAGGACUUGAUGGAGCUGCUGGUCCUCCAGGGCCAGUGGGAGGAGUUGGCAAGCCUGGCCCACCAGGGUUCCCUGGCAGCCCAGGAGCAAAAGGGGACCAAGGUGCACAAGGUCCAAAAGGAAGUCAGGGAUUACAAGGGCCAAGAGGUGAGUCAGGUAGACCAGGUCAACCUGGAGAAUCUGGACCCCCAGGUCAGCCUGGCAAGGAUGGAUAUCCAGGAGAGAAAGGCGCAACUGGAGCGCCAGGUCCAGUUGGAGUUCCCGGCUUUCCCGGUGCCAGAGGACCACCCGGAUUAGCUGGAAAUCCAGGAGCACCUGGAUCCAAGGGGCAGCAGGGAGCACCUGGAGAAAGAGGUUUUAAAGGUGAAAUGGGCAUCAAAGGAGAACUCGGAGCAGCAGGACCUAGAGGUCUUCCUGGAGCACCUGGUGCUGAAGGAAAACGAGGCAGACGUGGUAUGCGGGGCCCUCCAGGACAGCAGGGACCUCAAGGAGAGCGGGGAUUGACUGGAGCUGCUGGACUACCUGGACCUGAUGGUGCACCUGGGGCUAAAGGUCACGCGGGCGAGAGAGGCCUGACUGGACCGCCAGGUCCAAAAGGUUCUCACGGUGAGCCUGGAAGACCAGGUCAAGUAGGCCUGCAAGGAAUUAGGGGAUUGACUGGGAAACCUGGAAUGCCCGGUAAACCUGGAGCGCCUGGGGAGAGAGGACCUUCUGGGCAAGAUGGGAAGCCGGGACAGCAGGGCCCUCAAGGGUUGCAAGGAUUACCAGGUCCUUUGGGACCACCAGGAGCUAAAGGGCUGAUGGGCGAACCUGGGAAAGAUGGUGAAACUGGACAACCCGGACCUCCUGGUCCUAGAGGAGACUCCGGAAAGGAUGGAGAUUCAGGACCUCCUGGACCCCCCGGGCCUCCAGGUCUAGACGGAGAACGAGGACCAUCCGGUAUUGAUGGACCCAGAGGGUUCCAGGGAUUACCAGGAACACCUGGAAAUCCAGGUCCACCUGGCAAGGAUGGCGAGGCGGGACCCCAAGGACCUGCUGGAAAUCCAGGAAACCAAGGACAGAGAGGAGAAAGAGGCUUCCCUGGUGAGAGGGGACCAAUAGGGCAACCAGGUUUACCAGGGCCAAAAGGAAGCACUGGGUCUCAAGGAGCAGAUGGACUUCCGGGACCCACAGGGCCACGCGGUAUGAAGGGCCAUUCAGGACCACCAGGUCUAGUGGGUCUACCAGGAUUGAGAGGACAACCAGGCGCACAAGGUGAAAAAGGAGAAAGAGGUGCAUUGGGUCCAGUAGGACCAGAGGGACCACCAGGAAGACAGGGUGAAAGAGGUCUGAUGGGACCUGUGGGGCCAGUUGGAGCCCCUGGAGAACCAGCUGCACCUGGAGAGCCUGGAACACCUGGACAGCCUGGAGAGCCAGGCGCACAGGGCUCUCCUGGAGAAAGAGGACCCCCAGGUCCACAAGGAGUGCAAGGUUUUCCUGGCCCUCAAGGCCUUGUCGGACUUCCUGGAGCGAAAGGAGAACGUGGAGGUCUAGGAAUGAAGGGAGCCCAAGGUAACCUGGGCCCCUCAGGUAGACCUGGAGAACCCGGUCCUCAAGGACCAAUAGGACUGACGGGUGCCAAAGGAGCUAGAGGCGAGCCUGGACAAAGAGGAGAUGUCGGACUUAUGGGACCUCCAGGGAGACCUGGAGAACUAGGACAGCCGGGCCAACCAGGCAGUCAAGGGCUUCCCGGACCUCAAGGUAUUUCAGGCAUUAAGGGAGCAGCUGGAGAACCAGGAAGGACAGGCUUACCGGGACUACAAGGGUUACCAGGCGCACCUGGGCCUGAAGGACCAAAAGGAGAGAGUGGUGCAGAAGGACCGCAAGGACCAAUUGGACAACCAGGACCUCAGGGAUCAUCAGGUGACCGAGGCCUGCCUGGCCUUCCAGGGCCACCGGGUCCAGCGGGUGGGCGAGGUCUACGUGGGGCUCCAGGAGAACCGGGAGUAGCAGGCAAACCAGGAAAUGAAGGUCCUCCGGGAACUAUAGGACCGGUAGGUCCACCAGGAUUACCAGGUCCUAGCGGAGAUCAAGGUGCAGAAGGGCCUCCUGGGAAGCCAGGAGCACCGGGUGUCGCUGGCAGGAAUGGAGAUAAGGGACCUCCUGGACAGCCUGGGCAGUCUGGACCUAAUGGUCCACCAGGAUUGCCUGGUCCUCCAGGAUCAGUAGGACCUACUGGCCUGACAGGUGAACGCGGACCAAGAGGGGAGCCGGGACCACAAGGAGCUGACGGACAGCCAGGGGAACGAGGAAAGAUGGGUCCUCAGGGCCCAGAAGGACCAAAGGGAGACCUCGGAGAAGUCGGACCAAAAGGAGCCAAAGGUCAUCGAGGCUUGAUGGGAUUACAAGGAAUGCAAGGUAAUCCAGGGCCUCAAGGUGAAAGAGGAUUGCAAGGUGAACCGGGCCAACCUGGCAAAGAAGGAGAAAUGGGACCACGAGGACCUCCUGGAAGGGAUGGCUCGCCAGGACCGCAGGGUGUCAUGGGUCCACCGGGACCAAGAGGAGAGACUGGAGGUGAUGGAAGAGCAGGGCCAGUUGGACCAUCAGGUCCUCCAGGCCCACCUGGACCUCCAGGUGAAGGCCUUAGCUACGACGCUGCCGGACUAGCAGCUCUUUUGGCCCGAGCGCAACAGAGUCAAGACAAAGGGCCCGAUCCCAUGUCAGAUCAACCACCACGUCUGUUUGGCAAAGAAUUGACCGAAGAAGAAACGAGGGAAUUGAUCGAUAAGGCAUACGAGCAGCUCAAGGCAUCUUUCGACAGGUUGAGAAGGCCUAACGGACAGAAGAGCUCGCCUGGAAAGACUUGUAGGGAUAUCUUCGCUGCAUAUCCAGAAUCACAAAGUGGUCAAUAUUGGGUAGAUCCAAACGAAGGGGAUAUCAAAGACGCUAUCUUGGUCCACUGUGACAUGGAGAAAAAAGCAACGUGUGUGAUGCCAAAACCAAGCCGAUCCCCAGAAAUACGAUAUGAAGGAAAGGAUCCUGAAAUCUGGCUGGGAGAAAUUGAUCAUGGAAUGAAGUUGACAUAUAAGUCGGACAGUAUGCAGAUAGGUUUCCUGCAUCUGUUGUCAUCUAAGGCAACUCAAAACAUCACCUACCACUGUAGAAAUUCAGCAGCCUACUAUGAUGCAGUUCAUCAUACGUACAGACGUGGUGUAAAGCUGAUGAGCUGGAAUGAUAUCGAGAUAACGCCAAAAGGAAACAAGAUGAGAUACGAAGCUGUUAUUGAUGAAUGCAAGGAUCGUAAGGACACCUGGGCGAAGUCAGUUCUAGUUUACUCUACCGAUAAACCUCAGAGGCUUCCUAUAGUCGAUAUCGGUGUAAGAGAUGUCGGCAAACCAAAUCAGGCCUUCUGGGUGGAAGUAGGCGCUGUUUGUUUUUCAUGAUGACAUGAUAGUAAAGUAAUAAGUAAUCAUAUUUUCAAGUCCAAUUGAAGCUCCACCGCCACGAUAAUUGCUGUGUAAUUUGUAUAGGUAGGAUUAAGGUAGUCUUUUGUGAAAUAUGUACAUUCUUGUUUUAUAUGAAAAAAGGUGCUAUAGCAAUAAGUUUUAUAUGAUGAAUAAAAUAAAAUUAAGGAUAAAAUGAAGAAAUCA